AUGGCGGAAUCCACGGGCAAGGGAUCCAAAAAGAAAAUCGCAGUUUUGGAACACGAGCGAGACGCGUUAGCAACGGAGAACGCAAAGAAGAACGAAGAGAUCAGUAAAAUGAAGGAGGAGAUCGAGAAAUCACUCAAGGAUUCGGAGGAAUCAACGGCGGAGUUGGAGGCAGAGACAACGAGGCUUCUUAAAGAAAUGGUGGAAACGGAAGUGGAGGUGGAGAAACUGAGAAAGAUUGUAGAAGAAAAAGAACACAAGAUUGAUGUAAUUGAAAAAGAAGGAAAAGAGUUGAGACAGGAGAAUGGUGAGAUGGAAAUGAAGGUUAGAGAUUUGGAGAGAAAAAUAGGAGUUAGUGAAAUGAGAGAAGCUGAAGAGAAUAGUAAGAGAGUUAGGGUUGAGGAAGAGAUGAAGGAAAAAGUUGAUGAAAAAAGUAGACAGGUUGAGGAAUUGGAGAAUGUUGUUAGAGAGAAAAAAACUGAGUUAGAAAAAUGGUUAAAAGAGAAUAGGAAUUUGGAAGAGAAAGUUAGGGUUUUGGAAUUUAGUUUAAUGAAUAUGAAUGUGAAGGAGGAUGAGAUGGAGAUGAGUUGGCCUAUUGUAGCAGCUGGAUCUGUAGGAGGGAUGGCUAUGGUGGCUGUUUUGAUACGUUUCUUAUUUGGGAAAAAGAGAUGA